UUGAAAUUCAACUGUUUUGACCUAAAAUGCAGACGCAACCGAACGUUUGACAGUUUACUGAUAGUUUGUUAGUGGGAAAAAAGCAGAUCGUUAACAAGAAUGAGAUGUAAAUAGAAACAGUACAAAAAAAUUAAUCGUGAAAUGACACUUGAAGAUAAUAUUUUGCAAUAUUAGAAUCCGGAUAUCUUAACUAGAAUGUUUCUUUUGAUUAUCAUGAUUUCUGUGUUUGCGCGCGAAUCCGUGCAGACAGUGAAAUAUUCUUAUGGAAUGAACAGUGUUAAUAGAUUGCAAGCGAUAAGUCGUUGGGGUUGUCUUGUUUUCGGGCAGUAAUUUUCGGAGACUUACGAAUAACGCAUUCACUGUUUGUAAACAUUGUGAACAACUGUGAAUUUUUGGAUGAAUGCCAAGGCGCUAUUUAUAUAAUUUUCUCAAAAAAUUCAUGACCGACAAAUUCCUUGACGUUUCUAUUAUCAGAAGAAGCAACCAAUUCAUUGGAAGUUUUGGAAUCUCUGUCAGUGUCUAGCAGUAGUAGUAGCAGCAGCAGCAGCAGCAGCAGCAGCAGCAGCAUUAUUAUUGUAAGACCAUUGCACGAGAUUUCAUGGUUCUUGUGAUAAACUUAAUACGAGGAUGGUAAUUAUUCCUUGUUAUACCUGUGCACAAGCAAUAUUGUGCAAGAGGGUGGGGAGACAUUUUAAUCAUGUCAGACAAAUUUUAGGUUGAUAUAACAAGCUAACUGGCUAGUUGCACUUCUGCACUAUAAAGUGUGGAUAGUGUGCUGCCGGUUAUUGGCACUGGAAGUGACUGUUCUUGAGCAGCCUCCACCAGUAAUCCAACCAGGACAACAGUGUCACCUUCACGGCAUACUGUAAUUAUGCCUCAGUUGGGUACACAAACAAAGAAUACGACGCCUGCAGCAGAAGAAUCGGGCCAGAUGAAGCUCAUAUUCCACGAGGACUGGCCAAGGAUUCAGCCAUGGCUUCACAUCAGGAAAUAUUCUACCUGUCAUAUGCAAAAAUUGUUUAUGAAAACGUCCAAUUGUGACAACAAAUAUAAUGCAUGAUGAGAGAGCUGAGGAUAAUGCAAUAGCAUGUGGGCUAUUCACUUUAUUCCAUCACAUGAAGAUAGAUGUACAUUUGAUUGGUUUACCCCACAAAACAAAUGUGCUCACAAAGGCACGUUUGCAAGACCUUGUAAAAGAAUUUGAUCCCAGUGAACAACUAGAUGAAGAAGUGGAAGAUGUCUUGCUUGAAAUUGCAGAUGAUUUUGUGGAAUCAGCUGUGACAGCUGCAUGUCUGUUAGCUAAACAUAGGAAAGCUAAUACAAUUGAAGUUAAGGAUGUUCAGCUCUAUUUAGAGAGAGACUGGAACAUGUGGCAGCCAGGUUUCGGUAUGGAAGAGCUUCGUCCGUACAAGCGGACGGCUGUGACAGAGGCACACAAACAGAGACUGGCACUAAUACGUAAAGCUGUAAAAAAAUAUUAAAUUUAUGUGUAGAGCACUGCUAAUUAUUUUAUUUUAUUCAUAAAUGAAUGUCAUUAAUGCUUAAACUUAUAUCCUUUAAAUUUCCUGUUGUGCUGUCUAUAACUUCAUUUAUUUUUAUCAUAGACGUAGCAGAAUAUUGAAAUGGUAAUGUUCUCCUCACAGUAUUUUUCAUCUUAUUCUAAGCAUCCUUGCUUCUAAAUUACAGGUACAAAUGAUGUACCCACUACAUUCUCUUAUGUUCAUUCUCAGUUAGAUCAUAGGUGUGAAGAUUUCGUACUGAUAUACUGUUUUCAUAUGUGGCAUUCUAUUUCUACCAGUGGUUGUUAGUGAUUUCAGUAUUUACUUGUUUACUGUCACUUACAUCAGUUUUUCAAUGUGUUGCACAUACUUUUCACACUCCAACCAAAUAAUGUCAUGAGAAAAGAACUGGAUUAUUCUUCUGCAUAGUGUUCAUUUAUCAGUUUGGAAAUGCCAUUGCCCUGACUUUGGAUUUCCUCUGGUAACACCUGAUGUCAAUGUUUCAGCUUUCAUUUGUUUCAGGUCUGUUCCCAUGUGUUGCCCUUCUAUUAAAAAAUAGUUUCAAUUAGUUAAGUCGAAGUCCUGUUGUGCAGGGUUUCCGCAGUUACUUUCAUUUCCAUUUAAUAAGUACCUCCAUGCUAGAACACUGCAUCCACAUGUCAAAGUGAAGUGAGUGGCAGUCAUUACCCAUUUCUCACUAACAAUGCUGCAUGGUCUCCUUUACCCUCACUUGGGCGAACACUUGUCAACUGUGACUUGGCUGGUAUGUGGCCCCUUCCAUGUGGCUACGAAAACAUGGCAGUUAACUUUGUCACAACACAGUGUGGGGCAUAGAGGAAGAGAAUUUCCUGUUGUUCAUAAUGAUUGGUUUUUAUAGCAUAUUCAAACAUAAUCGUCAAUAUUGUUUUGAAGACAGCAUGCUCCCACAUGCUUGUAUUUUGUCUUUAAUUUCUUACUGGUCAUCGUAAUAUCACUAUCCCCUCCUUCCCCCCAAACCCAUGCAGGCACACACACACACACACACACACACACACACACACACACAGAGAGAGAGAGAGAGAGAGAGAGAGAGAGAGAGAGAGAGAGAGAGAGAGAGAGAGAGAG